AGAAUGUUCAAUUAAGCCGUCAUGUUUAUUCCGACUUAUUUAUCGUGUGAUUUUUGUUGUCGUUGUUGCCGUCAUCGCCCGUCGUCGACGUCGUUGUCAUUUUGCUAGUGUGCAUUGAGAUAAACGGUUAAUUAUUUUCAAAUGAAUAAAACGAAAACAAACAUACAAAAACUAUAAGACAACAAAUGAAUAAAAAAACAAAACACACAGCACACAACAAAAUUCGUUGAGAAGAUGAGAAGGCAGCUCCGUUGAAGAGUCCCUGUAAAAACGAGUCACAUUUCAUUUUUGUCGCUAUUUGAGUGAGCAUAUCGCAUGCAUAUAUAAAUGCAAAGUGCUACAAUUUCGGUGUUGCUGUUGCUCUAUCGAAAUUUUAAAGUCGAAUGCUUGCAGUGAACGUAAUUUUUUCCUCUCAUAUUGAAAACGAAUUUGCUGCGGCGAAUAGAAUAGAAACGUAUUAAAAUUUCAAUCAACGGAAAUUUGUGUUAUGUAAUCAAGUGUGAACGCUGUUAUGCAAAACUCUUAGUCGAAUCGAUUCAUCGACGAACAAUAGAAGAAAAACAAAAAGAAAACUAUCAACUAAUUUGCUAUGGAAUUGUAUUACGUGCGUUUUCUUUGCGGAAAAAGACGCAAUCCUCGUGCUAUCCACCGUCAAAGCUUGUGAUAACAUUGCGAGAUAAACGGUUGAUAAAGCAGACCAUUGACGACAUUUAAGACGGUGACCAAAACGUUGUUUUUCUUUAAAUUAAUGUGUGUACUGCGUGAGGACAUUUUCUAUUCCCAAAUCCAUGUGCGAAAAAAAGCAAAACGUUAAACUGAAAAUUGUGUCAUUCAAUAGGAUUUCUACUACUAUGCAAGAAAUCACAGGUUUCAUCACUCUAAACAUUUGUCUAACGUCAACAAUUGGUUAAAGCGGUGGAGAUUUGUAAAGAAAAACCUGCAAGCAAUACUACGCUCAUAAAGUCAAAAAGCCCGUGCUUUGCAUUCAAAUCAAGGAAUUAAUUUGAAAUUGUAAAUACCCAGGCCACACAAAGCAAAGAAGCAAAACUGUCUUCGUUGAGCACAGAACACGACAAUAUUAGUGAUAUACUGGAUUCGCAAAACAAUAAUCGACAUUCCAGUUUAGAGCUGAACAUAUUAAACGCGAUUGAUGAUCACGGACCGAGAACAUCACUUGAACCAAUAUUCACACCGUCCGAAGCACAAAGUCAGCGACCUUCAUCAACUUGCACCAUGGGUCUUGAUUUUAUGGAUAAUUCUGGUGUACGAGUGGAUUACGAGAAUGCGCUCAUUAAUGCCGGCUUCGGAAAAUUUCACAUUUAUUUGCUCAUCGUUUGCGGUAUGAUCUAUAUGAAUACGGCGAUUGGGAUUACAAUUAUAUCAUUCGUUUUACCGUCAGCCACUUGUGACUUUCGUAUGUCGUCGAGUGACAAAGGCUUGUUGACAGCAGCUCCGAUGCUUGGAAUGCUCGUGGGCAGCUAUUGGUGGGGAUGUUUAGCGGAUACAAAAGGGCGUAAAACAGUGUUAAUCGCCACACUACUGCUCGACGGAUUUUGUGGUCUCUUAUCAUCUGUGGCACAAUACUACUAUUUAUUCAUGCUCUUUCGUUUCUUCAAUGGAUUCGGGGUGGCAGGAGCAAUGGGUAUAUGCUUUCCCUAUUUGGGCGAAUUUCAACCAACAAAAUAUCGCGAAAAAAUUCUAUGCUGGAUGGAAAUGUUCUGGACAGUUGGAAUCAUUGCGCUACCAGCUAUUGCUUGGUUGAUUAUUCCAUUAAAUGUUGAAAUUAGGCACGGCUGGUUUCUGUUCCAUAGUUGGAAUUUAUUCGUAGCGAUUUGUGCCAUUCCAAGUUUGUUACUCGGAUGUUUACUGUUUUUGUUUCCGGAAAGUCCGAAAUUUCUUAUCGAGUGCGGUGAAACGGAAGAAGCCCUUGAAGUUUUAAGACACAUGUACCAAGAGAAUACGGGCAAAGGACAAACCGAAUAUCCGAUCAAGAGUCUAAAAGAGCGUGAAAGCAUUAGCACGAUAUCACGACGGACGAGUAAAUCAGUUCGCACACUCAGCAUGAAAAAACCGAAGGAAUUGAAAAUGCUAAUGUCUGAAAUUUGGCAGCAAACGAAACUGUUGUGCAAGCCGCCGCAUUUACGGAACACCGUCUUAACCUGUGCCAUUCAAUUCGGAUUAACCACCAGCUAUUAUACGUUGAUGAUUUGGUUUCCUGAACUUUUCUACCGUUUUGAAGAAUUCGAAAAGCACAACGCUAACAAAUCGGCAUCCGUAUGUGACGUGUCAUCAGUCGUACUUGAACCAGACGUGAAUGGAACACUAGUCUACGAUGAAUAUUGUGACGGUCCAACGAUUGACAAUAACGUUUAUAUUCAUACAAUAAUCAUUGGAAUAAGUUGCAUACCGACUAGUCUAUGGCUACCACUGUGUGUUCAUCGAUUGGGUGCGAAAUUCUUUCUAGUAUUUAGUCUAGUAGUGGCUGGCACCGUAACAAUUGGAUUAUACUUUGUGCAUAAUUCAGUUGAAAAUUUAAUAUUGUCUUGCAUAUUUGAGGCUCUGACAUCACUCGGCAUAUCAACUGUGUACUGUGUUAUGGUAGAUUUGUUCCCGACGAAUUUAAGAGUUAUGGCAGCUGCUUUAUCCUUGACUUUCGGCCGUGGCGGAGCUUUGAUAGGCAAUCUAAUAUUCGGCUUUUUGAUAGAUUUAAACUGUGUCAUACCAAUAGUAUUAUUUUCUACAAUGUUAUUUAUUAGUGGAUUCUUAUGUUUGCUGUUGCCAAAUACCGGCGGCCAGGCAUUGGAUUGAUUGCAUUGAACACCAUUGUUACCGCAUAGUAUCUACAUUAAAUAGCAACACUUAUUCGGGCAAAAUAGUGGUAUAAACCAUAUAACACAACAAUCUUGUUCCCGUUUCCGUGGAUGAUGUUCUCAAAACACAACUACUAAAUAGUUUAAUAAUUAGAAACAAAUCACUGGUUUUAAUUGAAUAAAAAAAAAUGUUUGUUAUUGAUGUCAAUAUAUUAAUAGGAUGAGAGAAAGAAAAAACAUAUUGACACUUCUAUAUGAUGACAAUGUGACAAUUAGUUUUAUAUUAUUAGGGAAGUAGACAUUUUUAGGGUGCGGUCACACUAGGAAACAUUUUACUGUAAACAUGGAAACAAAUUUUCGCAAAUGUAUGGAAAAAAAAGAUGCUGGAAACAAACACUUUUUUGAACUGUUAGAUAUUUUCGCCUGAGAAAAAAACAUUUCACACGCACAUAGUCCUGAGGGUUAAAUUUGAAAUUGGUUCAAUCAUUCGUAUCACUAAUAACAAAAAAAAAAUCAUUUAAAUUGAAACUGGAAAGCAAAUUGAAUCGCUUUGUGAUUAUACGAUACAUUGAGUAUUUCAUCAAAUUAUCGCUCAGAACUGUGACAAAUAUGCGAUGUUAACUGUAUAUUUAGGUUUCAUUUUGUUAUUGAGCACGCACACACUACACUUUAAAUACCAAAUGUUUUUUUUUUGAAAUCCUCUUGUAGCUUUUCUCUGAAAAAUCAAAAUUAGAAAGGUGUGAUGUUGAAGAAAAAAUAUGCCGUCAAACAAUUGCUACCGAUUCAAGUCUGUGGUAUAUAAAGUGCUUUACGUUGAAUCGAUUGCCGUGAAUUGUCGAAAAUUGAAAAAAAAAGAGUUAGAUUUAUUUUUUUAGUUAGCAAAUAGAUAAUCAUUUAUUUCAAGUUAUAAAUAAAUAGGAAUUCCGCUGUGACUCUUAAAAUCAUGAUGAUGAAAAUACUGGAAAUAUAAAAAAAAAUUACAAAUUAUAUGAACAAAAAUGAUGAUGGACAAGGCAAAUUGGGCCGAGCUGAAACAAUACAGCUAUCCACAUUUGACAACUUAAGACAGUGUUCAAUUUUAUGGGCCAAAUAUUCUUAAAUGAAGAGUAAAAACAGAUCCCAACCAAUUCUGUAUUGAAAAUGAUUUAUCGAUCGAUUUUAUUAUUAAAUUGUUGAUCAUUUAUAGGAUAUAGCUCAUGAAAUGACACCAUAUAACUUUAAUGUUGUUACGAUUCGCUUGUUCCAAUUUUGUACGAAGAAUAUAAUACAAAAUGCAAACGGGAGAGAAUGGUAAAAAGAAAAAGUAAAUAAAUUCACAUUAUUUUAUAAAGAAUCAAAUUUAUUUUGACGUUACAAAUUAUAGUCCACUAAUUAAACUUAAAAACCAAGGAGAAGAAAAAUAUGCAAGAAAAAACAAAAGUUGCAAACUCGUUUUUAUAUACAUACAAAUCGUAAUUGUAAUGUUGAAGUAAUCAAUAAGUACCUGCGUUGAACACUUAAUAUAUAAGACAUAAACGUCACUGACAAGAUGAAAUAUAUAAUUAUUAUAUAAA